AUGGCUUCCAUGUCCGAAUCAGAACUCAGGGCCACUGCCUCUUUGCGCCGUCGUGCUGCCUUGUCAAAACCGAACCGUGCGACCCCUGAAGAGAUUUCGCUUCUUCAGGAGGCCUCUAACUCCGAGGUUACCGAUAACUUCAUAGAGGGACCCUACACCGAGGCCCAGGUCACUGAAAUUUUCGGCCAUUCGGAUUGGGGCAUCAUUCCCAGGUUCGUUCUUGAGCAAGGCCUUGAGAAGAAGAUUCGACCCAUAGAUGAUGGGCAUGCUUCGCAGGUCAAUGAGGCUUUCACUUCCUUGAUUAAGCUGGAACUUCAAGGGGCCGACUUCGUUGCGGGUCUGGCCCUGCUGAUCUCCCAGGCCGAAAAGGAACGUUCAGAGCGCCUAGGUGUCGCUGCUAGGAAGUGGGAGGCCUUCACAGUCCUCGGAAUGCAGCUGGACAUCAGUCGUUUGCAUGAAGGUGCUGCCGUGCUGGCAAACAAGGAAGGCCGUGUCAAGCGCAUUUCCGAAAUGCUGGGCAGCAUCUUUGACAAGGGAGCCCUGGGCAGGCAUGAGGCGCAAGUUCUCCUUGGACUCUUGAACUAUGCCUCAGGUUUCUUUGCAGGCCGAUCCUUGAAGCCAGCGUGCCACUUCCUGCUCUCCUUGGUAAGGGGGAAGCGCCAAACGGCUGCCGAAAUAAAGCGCUUCUGCAAAACUACGCAGGCUGUCUUGAGCACCACUCCACCUAGAGUCCUUCGCAUCUUUGACCCUCGACCGCCCAUUCAUGUUUGGACGGAUGGAGCUUGGGAAGAUCCUUGGGCGGGAAUAGGUGCGGUUGUUCUUGACACGCUAGAUGAUAGUGCCAGGGUUUUUGCCGGUUGUGUACCUGCUAAGCUUUUGGAACGCUGGAAGCUGGAUGUGGGAUCGCAACUCAUAUGCGAGAUCGAGCUCUACGCUUUGGUUACUCUGCGUGAGGGGCACAGCAUCCUCAGCUUGGUAGGCGCCAAGGUCGUGGAAGCUUUCAUCCACGAUGAAAGCUCAAACCAGAGAUUCCUUCAUCAGGGAUUCGCGUGA